AUGUUUGCUAGUUUAUUUUCAUUAUUGAUCUUAGCUAUUGUUUGUGGAUUAUAUUUCUCCCAUAAUUUGAGUAAUUUAAGAGCUGAAAGGUUAGAAGUGAUUUCCCAAUUGAAAAGUAGUCAAGUUACUCAAGCUAUUGAUUAUCUUUUUUAUCAAGUUUAUUAUUUAACUACUAGAGAUGCUAUAACCGAUUCUUUAACUAAUUAUAGAGCUGGGAAUAAUUCCAUGGCAGUGUUUGAAACUGCUCAAGCUUCAUUGGAUCAAUUUUUAACUAGUUCGGAAUCUUUUGCUUCAGCUAGAUUAUAUAAUCUUGAUUUAAGAGUAGUAGCUGAAAGUUCAAAUAAUAACACUUUAGUAUCAUCACCAGCAGCAGAUUAUUUAUAUCCUUUACAACAAAAUUUAUCGAUUCCCGAACCUAUAAAUCGAUUAAACAAUUCCCUUGAAUCAUUUUAUUUCACCGGUCCGGUAAGUAAUUCAAGUGAUCCUUAUUCAACUUAUUUCAUUGGUAUAACGUAUCCUAUCUUUGCCAACACAUCAAUUAUCUUAUCAGCACCUUCAAUAGCAGGCUAUUUGACGGUAUUGACUAGUGCUGAUAAUAUCCAAGUUGCGGUGAAUACAUCUCAAACAUUCCCUGAUCAGGAUAGUCAAGAUUAUAAAGUAGUAGCUUAUUCUCCCGUAUAUAAUAGUAGUUAUACCGAAGAUAGUACCAGUGAUUCGCUUGCGGUGAAUGAAUUGGUAGGGUUCCAGGCAGUUUUCCCGGUGUUAGGAUCCAAAUACUUACAAAGUAAUAAUGUUUAUAAUAUCAAUGAAUCCACAGCUGCCAAAGAAGCUUUGACUCAUUAUUAUGGUUCAUCUACCAAUAAGAAAAGUAUUGAUGGUGAAACGGUGGCUAUAGGGUAUAGUCGAGUAUCAUCAGUUCAUUGGAGUAUUGUGGUUGAACAGAAGAAGUCUACUUUCAAUGGACCUUCAGAUCGAUUGAAAAACAUCAUUAUUGGAGUUUCUAUCGGUAUAGGAGUAUUCAUGUGUCUUAUAACAUUCCCCUUAGCUGUGAUGUUUAUACGACCAAUCACCAAAUUGAAAGAUGCCACUGAAGCCAUCACUAGAUCCAAAAGAGAGAAAGAUCGUGGUAUACCAUCACCAGCAUAUUCUCCUCCUCCAUCAUAUUAUUCUACUUUAAUAAGGAGAAUGUAUCCUUAUGAAAAGAAACCUUAUGAGAAGAAGAAAGAUGAUGAUGUUAAUGAUAGACUUAUAGAACUCGAUGAUGUACCAAAGAAAGAAAUGAGAUUAAGAUCAAGAGAUAAACGAUCAUCAGUACUUUCAUCAGCUACUGGAGGAUCUAACUCAGUGUAUUCAACAGGGAUCAGAUUACCUUCUAAGAUCACCAAUCAAAAGAGUUUAUUCAAAGAUGAAUUGGCGGAAUUGACCGAUGCUUUCAAUAUCAUGAGAGAAGAAUUAGAGAAACAAUAUGUUCAUUUAGAAGAUAGAGUUAAAUCUCGUACCAAAGAAUUAGAAGCUUCUAAGAUCGAAGCCGAAGCUGCUAAUGAAGCUAAAACUGUUUUCAUUGCUAAUAUCUCUCAUGAAUUAAGAACUCCAUUGAAUGGGAUCUUAGGUAUGACAUCUAUUGCUAUGGAAGAAAAUGAAGUUGGUACUAUUAAAGAUAGUUUGAAAUUGAUUAAUCGUUCAGGUGAAUUGUUAUUACAUAUUUUAACUGAACUUUUAACUUAUUCCAAGAAUACUUUGAACCGUUCCAAAUUAGAGAAAUCAUCAUUCCAAAUCUUAGAAAUUGUUUAUCAAGUUCAAUCAAUUUUCAAUAAGUUAGCUGUUGAUCAAAGAGUUUACUUUAAGAUCCUUAUAAGACCAAACAGUUUCAGGAAAUUGAUCCUUUAUGGAGAUUCUAACCGUAUUAUUCAAGUGGUGAUGAAUUUAGUAUCCAAUGCACUUAAAUUUACUCCAGUUGAAGGUAGAGUUGACGUGACUUUCAAGUUAUUGGGAGAAUAUGAUCAUGAAAGAUCUCAACAAGAUAAUUAUGAAUCAGUUAAAGUCAAACAUCUUGAAAAUGAAACUUUCCAUGAUACUUCAAGUCAUCCUUAUGAUAGAAGACCAGCUAAAAAACCUUUGGAUAAUGAUACUGAUGCCAGUAUCAAUGCUUUGAAUAGUAAACAGGAAAAUAAUCUUGAUAAUUUGAAUACUACCGAUGAUGAUAUUGAUAGUGCUAGUGAUACUACUUCCUUAUACACAUUAUCAACUCAGGAAUAUGAUAAAGUUAUAUUCCAAAGUCAAUUCACCGGAUCUAAACCUUUACCAAGAGUACCUGAAUCACCUGAAUCUGACGAUAAAUCUUUACCUAAAACCCCUAGAACUUCCCUAGUUAAAAGUAAUGUUGAUAAGAAUAAUCUUGAUAUCAGUGAUACUGAAUCUAAAUUUGAAGAUGAAGAACGUGAUAAGGUUCAAGAAUUACAACCUCAAUUAUUACCUCCACCAAAUAUGAGAGGUACUAAUACUGCCACCACCGCUUCAUCUACCAAGAGACCAAGUAUCACUUCCAUGGACUCAUUAAAUUCAAAUGAAUUGGUCAAAAAUGGUAAAGUUUAUAAGAUCAAGAAUUUAUAUAAACCAAAAACUUGGGCUAUUCAAAUUCAAGUUUCCGAUACCGGGCCAGGGAUCGAACCUGCUUUACAAGAAAAAGUGUUUGAACCUUUCAUUCAAGGAGAUCAAACUUUAAGUAGAAGUUAUGGAGGUACUGGGUUAGGUUUAGCUAUUUGUAGGCAAUUAGCUAAGAUGAUGAAAGGUACUAUGACACUUAAAUCCAAUUUAGGUGUGGGUUCAACUUUCAUUUUCACCGUUCCUUUACCUCAAGUUGGAGAAAUCCUUGUUUCUGAUGAUGAUAUGAAUGAUUUUGCUGAAGAUGAAUUCAAUCCUAAAUCUAAAGCCAAUAGGAAAGUUGCCUUUGCCUUUGAUACUGAUAGUUCUGAUGAUUCCAAUACUCACACCGAAUCACCAGAAUUAAAAGUCAAUGGAGUUAAGAAUAAAUCCAGUGAUGAAUCACUCAAUCCAACAACUUCACCUUUCCAGAAGAUUCUGAAUAAGAAAUCCGAUGAAGAAAUCAGAAACCGUCCAGCAUUCAUUGAAAAACCUCAUCUUGUCACCAGAACUUCAACCGGUACAGCCAAUUCUUCUAGUGGUUCAGAUAGAGAAAAAGUAGAUAGAUUAGAAUUACCAACCAAUGAUUUACUUGGAUCAUUAUCCCAUCUUAAAAUCUUGGUUGCUGAAGAUAAUAUGGUGAAUCAAGAAGUCAUUAAAAGAAUGUUAUCUCUUGAAGGUUUCGAUAACAUUACCAUGGCAUCUAAUGGAGCUGAAGCAGUUGAUUUCGUUAAAACAUCCAUUGAAAUGGAUGAACUCUUUGAUUUGAUCUUUAUGGAUGUUCAAAUGCCAAAGAUUGAUGGAUUAUUAGCCACUAAAAUGAUUAGAGGUAAUUUGAAUUAUGAAAGACCAAUCAUUGCAUUAACAGCAUUUGCUGAUGAAUCUAAUGUCAAGGAAUGUCUCAAUAGUGGAAUGUCGGGAUUCUUAUCUAAACCAAUUCGUAGAACAAACUUAAGAAAGAUUAUAACUGAAUAUGCUCCCAAAUUACUUACUGAUGUAACAUCUCCUGGAAGUAAGAAUGGCGAGAAACGAUUAGGUUAUUAA